CUGGAGGCAACUCCCGCACCCUUCCUCAUAGCUGCUGCCCACAUGCAGCCCCGGACACAGCCCCUAGCCCAGGCCCUACCCUUCUCCUUUGGAGGGGCCCUGCGAGACAUUGGGCUCCGGGCGCCUGUCAUGAAGAUGGGCACCGGGUGGGAGGGCCUGCAGCGGACCCUGAAGGAAGUCGCCUACAUUCUCCUUUGCUGCUGGUGUAUCAAGGAGCUGCUGGAUUAAUGGCAGCAGGGAACUGCCUCCUCCCCACCAGCCCCAUGGCUGGCAACACUCAGGCUCCACUACCACCAAGCUGGGACAGUGCCUGAGAGUGGACCCUGGAGUCUGAGAGUUCUGAGCACCAGAACCUUUGCCAGUGGAGGGGAUGUCUGGCAAAGACCACUGGGGAAGUAGUAGGUGAAGGAAGGCAGGGCCCUGGGCUGUGGCCUUUGGUGGAAUGGGUGGCAGAGGGAGA